UCAACACUGUGAUUAGCUGAGUUGCAAGGAGUUGAAAGAAUGGCAUCUGAAUUUGUGCUUACUUUUGGUGCGAAGGGAAUACUGGAAAAGGUGCUUUCACUUGCUGAGGAAGAAUUCAGUCUUGCAUGGGGUUUCAAAGCUGAACUCCGAAAGCUUAAAGAGUCAUUCACUACCAUUGAACUUGUAUUGAAUGGUGUUGCCUACAAACCACAAGCUCUGGCAAUAGAGGAAUGGGUGAAGAAACUCAAAGGCGUAGCUGAAGAUGCUGAGGAUGUCUUGGAUGAAUUCAAGUACGAAGUUGAUCGGCGUAAAGUCGAAAUCCAAAACCAUAUGAAGAGAAAGGUUCUGAACUUCUUUUCACUCUCUAAUCCACUUGCAUUUCGCCUUCAAAUGGCGCAUAAAAUUCAGACGAUCAAUGCAUCCUUGGUGGAUCUCGAGAGGAAAGCAUCUCCUCUUGGACUAGUUUCCAGGAAUACAGAUGCAACCCGUCAGAGAAUUACAUGGGACAGACGAAGCGACUCACUCAUUGGCAAAGAUGAAAUAACCGUUGGAAGGGAAGGUGAUGUGUCGAAUAUAGUUAAAACCUUGACCGACUCCAAAUACGACCAAGAGAAUAUUGCGGUUAUGCCAUUGUGGGAAUGGGAGGCCUCGGAAAAACAACUUUGGCCAAGGCGGUUUACAAUGAGGGUUUGAUACAAAAUUCUUUUGAAGUUAGAAUAUGGAUUUGUGUAUCGAACCCUUUCGACGUCAAUUUACUUCUGCACCAUAUGUUAGAACAUCUCAAUCCCCCACCAGUCCCUUCGAAAGAUAACAAGAAUGUUCUUCUUAUGUCCCUUAAAAGAAAAGUUGAAAGAUAAAAAAUACUUACUCGUACUUGAUGACGUUUGGAAUGAAAAUCAAGAAAUAUGGGAUAGUUUAAUGGAAUGUUUGUCAAAGCUUAAUUCUGUUGGGGGAUCCAAAAUUAUUGUCACUACUCGCAGUAACAAAGUCGCAUCAAUCUCAGAAAAGCUACUUCCACGGCAUG